AUACAUUAGCACUCAAUUUAAAAACAACAAAAAAAAGACAUCGUCAAGAUAUCGCGCACAUUAUAUAAACAUCCCUAUAAAGACAAUUUGUUUUUAUUCAGUUUCAUUAUUAGACACAUAUGGAUUGCUGGUUGGGAAUUGUGAGCUUUGGGCUCUUCCUCGGCCUAAGCUUAGGGCAAACAUCAAACAGUACAUUUAUGUGCUACAGUUGUACUCCUCUAUCGCCCAACCGAACCUCUUGUGCUAAUCCUAUACAGCAGGCACCAUUACAAAAUUGCACAGCUCUUAUUCAAUCCGGAAACAUAUCUCAGUGGAACAUUGCAUGUUUUUCUCAGUAUUUAAAUUCUAAUAAUAUAUCUGGUGCAGCAAACCUCACUGGGUAUACUAGAGGAUGUUCAGUAGUUCCUCUUGGUACCUCCCAUCCUGUAUGUACAGCUGCACCACCUGUAGGCACUAAUAGGACCUUAUGUACAGUUUGUAAUACCCAGCAAUGUAACACGCAUGUUCAAGGAGGUGGUGGAGGUUCGGGAGGCGGUGGUGGAGGUUCGGGAGGUGGUGGUGGAGGUUCGGGAGGCGGUGGUGGAGGUUCGGGAGGCGGUAGUGGAGGUUCGGGAAGCGGUGGUGGAGGUUCGGGAGGAGGAGGAAGUGGCGGUGGAUCUGGAGGUGGCAGCGGCGCUUCUUUUGCAACGAUGCCAUCAAUUUUACUUCUGACUAUUUCGUUGUCAUUUUUAAUAAAUAAAGUAAAGGGAAUCUUUUAAUAAAUAUAAAACUAAAAUUAGAGACAAAA